AUGAAGAUGUUCAUCGCUCUCCUGGUAGCCAUGGUGGCGUUAGCCGCCGAAGGAUCUUACGUGUCCACAGCAUGGCCAGCACGCUCCGUAGGAUGGAACAACUGGAGCGGAUGGAAUGGAUGGAACAAUGGAUGGAACAAUGGAUGGAACAAUGGCUGGAACGGAUGGAAUGAUGCCGGUGUGUUGAGCUACCCGUACGCCAAAUCGUGGUCAUCUUCCUGGAAGGCGGCUCCACUGUACAAGGGCUGGAACGGAUAUUACGGUGGUGCCAAUUCCUGGGGUCUUCCGUGGGGAACAUACGGAAACGGAUGGGGACAUCACGGUGUUGUGAAGACUGUUGUGCCUGCCAAGGUUAACUCGUGGGGACUGCCAUGGGCAUCGUACGGAGGAGGAGCUUACGGCUGGGGAUAUUAG